UUUGCCUAGCAAUCCUCGAAACCCCCAACGCCAACGCCGCCGCUUUCUCCCCUAAAGUCUACUAGUCCUCCUCGUCCUCUCCACCCUCCUCGGCGGCGGCGGCGGCAGCAGCGGCGCUUGAAGCUCGGGCUAUGGCGAGCCCGCCGAGGAUCGAGGUGGAGAAGCUGAGCGUGGAGCAGCUGAAGGCCCUCAAGGAGCAGACGGAUCUGGAGGUGAACCUCCUCCAGGACAGCCUCACCAAGAUCCGCUCCGCCGCCACCCGCCUCGAGAACGCCUCCGCCGCGCUCCACGACCUCUCCCUCCGCCCCAAAGGGAAGAAGAUGCUCGUGCCGCUCACGGCGUCGCUGUACGUGCCCGGCACGCUGGACGACUCCGAGAAGGUGCUCGUCGACGUCGGCACCGGCUACUUCAUCGAGAAAACUAUGACUGAAGGCAAAGAAUACUGUGAAAGGAAAAUUAAUUUGCUGAAGUCUAAUUUUGAUGAACUAGUUGAGAUGGCUACGAAGAAGAAAAACAUAGCCGACGAAAUGGGUCGGCUUCUACAAGCCAAGCUGAGGCAGUCAUCGCCGAGCCCGAGUUCAUGAGACCCGACCGCACCUCCUGUCUCCACCUUGUUAGAUGGCCAGGUUGAGUAGUUUGUGGCAUCUAUCUAGCCAACAUAGAAAAUUUUUAGCUGCUGCUCUGGUCGUGUGUCUGUGCAAAGGCAACCGGUUCACUUCCAUGGUUUACUGAAAGAACCUGCCUCAUCAGGUUAGCCCAGAAGCCGGUGUUGAACACGCAAAUUUUAUUGGCUCAAGUCGCAGGUAGCCGAAUUGUGAUAAUCAUUUGUGUGGUUGUUAAAUCAGAAUGGCUGAUUUCAUUAGACAUUUUGCUGCUGUUCCCUGUUUCUGGAAGACGAUAUUUUAGCCAUCUUUCUAUGUGAUGAACUGACCUUGUUGGGACUGUACAACAUUGCCCCCACUCUUUUUUCCA